AUGUCGAGGAAGAAGAAGAGACUUGGGCUUUUCGAAAUGGCUCGAGAUCGGCGGGAGGGUCUAGAGAUCAAGGUUGUGAAUCCACCGACAAACAAUGCGUCCGAACAAACUUCUCCGGCGGGUCGCCGGCGGAGGCAGCGGACUUCUUUCGCGGAGUUUCGGCCUUUCAAGCUCUGGUUUCCAUGGCUGGUUCCAGCCGUCGUGGUGGCUAACAUUGCUCUCUUCGCCAUUUCGAUGUUCAUCAACAAUUGCCCUAAAAACUCGCCUCAUUGCUCAGCUAGGUUUCUCGGGAGAUUCUCAUUUCAGCCCAUGAAAGAGAAUCCUCUUCUGGGUCCUUCUUCUACGACAUUGGAGAAGAUGGGGGCUUUAGAUGUAACAAUGGUGGUUCAUAAGCAUCAGGUGUGGCGCUUGUUCACUUGUAUAUGGCUACAUGCAGGGGUCUUUCAUGUCCUUGCCAAUAUGUUGAGCCUUAUCUUCAUUGGCAUUCGUCUCGAGCAAGAAUUUGGAUUUGUACGCAUUGGACUGCUCUAUAUGAUUUCUGGAUUUGGUGGAAGCUUGUUAUCGUCUCUCUUUAACCGGAAUGGUAUAUCCGUCGGUGCAUCUGGCGCACUGUUCGGUUUGCUUGGUGCUAUGCUUUCAGAGCUUCUCACUAACUGGACUAUAUACGCAAAUAAGUUUGCAGCUCUUUUGACUCUCAUCUUCAUCAUAGCCAUUAAUCUAGCAGUAGGUAUUCUUCCACAUGUAGACAACUUUGCCCAUCUCGGAGGAUUCACUUCAGGGUUUCUUCUAGGCUUUGUUUUCUUGAUCCGUCCUCAAUAUGGUUACUUCAACCAGAGGAACAAUCCUCGUGGCUACGCUGCACCUUCUGCUAAAUCCAAACACAAACCAUACCAAUACGUUCUUUGGAUCACCUCUUUAGUGCUUUUGAUAGCAGGCUGUGUGCCAACGUCUCUAUGGAACUGUAAAUCUCAAAAUGUGUACUGUGAGUCGAGCCAAAUUGGGAGGCAGAUGAACUUGACAUGUAUUGCUAAUGGGAGAACAGAGAUGUAUAAGCUCGCUAGCGAUAACCCUUCCCAGAUUCAGCAGUUGUGUUCCCAAUUAUGCAGCUGAUUACCACUAAACGUCUAAAUUUAUUUUUUUACUCUGUAGAGAUUAGGAAUGUCUUGAGAAGAGAAAAAUUGAUUGAUUGUUUAUUUGAUUUGAUCAAUGCACUUGUGAAUGAGUGAAUCACAAGUUCUGAUUCUUGUUUCUGAUCAUUGUCCGGUUACACUUCUUGUUUUACUGCAUAUGUAUUAUGAGACGAUGACCAUUUCUAUAUAAUGAAACGUGGGCGGUGAAAAGAGAAAGAUGAACAAAGUUUCUCUAUGAAACAUUUUGGAUUUUUCUCAUCAAUUGUUUGGUUUUAUGGAAGUGCAUGUAGACUGAUGAUAUUUUUAAUCCACGAUAUCUUAGUGGCAAUUAAAUAUUUGAAAUUGAUUACUUAAAAUAAAAUUA